GCGAGCGUCUGUCUGUCUUUCGCAGGCGUGAAUUCGGAACUUCCUGGUCAGGGAUUCAGCAGCUCUGCUCCUUAGGAAAUCAUUCCUAUCUAUCGACAGCACCAGAGACCAUGUCUUCUGGAAAUGACUGUCCACAGACUGUCACCAAACCAGCGCUGAGUGAGAAAGAAGCAGCUGAGUUGGUUGACAGGGUGUUUGGAUUAAAUGUGUCUUGGCUGAGGCCGCUCCCCAGCUACGACGAUCAGAACUUCCACGUGCGUGUCUCGGGAAACGGCACCGGGGCUGAAGGUGCCCAUGAGUAUGUCCUCAAAAUCACCAACUCGGCUGACAGCCAGGAGCCUGAGCUCAUCCAAGUGCAGACCCAGGCCAUGAUGUUUCUCAGUGCUGAAGGCUUUCCUUCAGCUACUCCUUAUCUCACAAAAGAUGGUUCCAUAAUGUCUCUGGUGUCGAGAGAUCCUGGGAACCAGAAGCACAUGGUCAGACUGCUGAGCUACCUGCCAGGAACGCCGGUAGCCAGAAUUGCCACCAGUGCCCAGCUCCUGUAUGAGAUCGGUAAACUGGCUGCCAGCCUGGACAAAGCGCUCGCAGAGAAAUUCCAUCAUCCAUCAGUAAAAAGUCUGCAUCGAGGUCAGUUCAUUUGGAACCUGGCAAAUGUUCCUCUUCUAGAGCAGUACAUUUAUGCCUUGGGCCAGAACAAAUACCGUGCAGUUGUGGAACAAGUUAUUGAGCAGUUUAAAGGGAAAGUGAUACCCAAGCUAAGCAGUUUUCGAGCCUGUAUCAAUCAUGGAGAUCUUAAUGACCACAACAUCCUAGUAGACUGCAGUUCUGCUUCCCUGGAGAACCCCCAGUACAGAGUGUCGGGCAUCCUGGACUUCAGCGACAUGAGCUAUGGGUAUUACGUGUUUGAGGUCGCCAUAGCCAUCAUGUACAUGAUGAUCGAGAGCCCAGACCCUCUGGGCGUUGGGGGGCAUGUUCUGGCGGGGUUCGAGAGCGUGGUGCCGCUCACGGCUGAGGAGAGAGGGGCCCUGUUCCUCCUGGUGAGCGGCAGGUUCGCGCAGUCGCUCGUCAUCGCCGCCCACCGGCUGCUCUACCCGGAGAACAAGGAGUACGUCAUGAUCACGGCCAAAACCGGCUGGAAACACUUAAUGACAAUGUUUGAGCUGGGCCAGGAAGCGGUGGAGAAGAAAUGGUUUGAGACUGCCCAGGCGUACACGCACCGCACACCUGCCCCGCUGGUCGGUGGCUGUUGAGGUGUCACUGGCAGUGACACUGGACCAAAUAAAGGCAAUAAAGUGGGCGCUGCCUGGACUGGAUGGGACUUGUUUGCAGGCAGGGGUGGGAACUGGGCUUGGUCUGCCUUCCCCAGGGGCUGUGGCCAUUUCUCGCCCUCACAGCAAAGUGUGCCCGUUACUGACCCUCGGGGCACAGCUGUGGCUGUUAUUGGCAGGAGUGUGGCUGUCACUGACCGUCAGGGCGGGGGUAUGGCCGUUCCUGACCCUCAGGGCACAGGCCCGGUGCCGGUUCCUGUGCCCGUUCCACUUCACGUCCCUGUGUUCCCUCGUAGGCCCGCUGCCCGCGGCGCGUCCCCGGCACGAUGUCUCGAAGAUAUGACUCCAGAACUACCAUAUUUUCUCCUGAAGGUCGCCUGUACCAGGUGGAAUAUGCGAUGGAAGCCAUUGGACAUGCGGGCACUUGCCUGGGAAUUCUGGCAAACGAUGGAGUCCUGCUGGCAGCAGAGAGACGCAACAUCCACAAGCUGCUCGAUGAAGUGUUUUUCUCAGAGAAAAUAUACAAACUUAAUGAGGACAUGGCUUGCAGCGUUGCAGGAAUUACUUCAGAUGCCAAUGUUCUCACCAACGAGCUGCGGCUGAUUGCUCAGAGGUAUUUGUUACAAUAUCAAGAGCCCAUUCCUUGUGAGCAACUAGUAACAGCACUGUGUGAUAUCAAGCAGGCUUACACACAGUUUGGAGGAAACGUCCUUUUGUGUGUCAUUGCUCUAUAUUGGCUGGGGAUAAGCAUUAUGGAUUUCAGCUGUAUCAAAGUGAUCCUAGUUGGAAAGUUGGAGGCUGGAAGCUACGUGCAUUGGGAAUAACAGUGCCGCAGCUGUGUCAAUGCUAAAGCAGGACUACAAAGAAGGAGAAAUGACCCUAAAGACUGCACUGGCAGUGGCCAUCAAGGUCCUGAACAAAACCAUGGAUGUUAGCAAGCUCUCUGCAGAGAAAGUUGAAAUUGCAACACUGACAAGAGAGAACGGAAAGACAGUGAUAAGGGUUCUGAAGCAAAAGGAGGUGGAACAAUUGAUUAAACAACAUGAGGAGGAGGAAGCGAAAGCUGAACGUGAAAAGAAGGAAAAGGAACAAAAAGAGAAGGAUAAUAGAGUAUGAAAUCAAGUGUUCUCUAGAUAUAAAGGACCUGCUUCAGUAAAAGAUAAGCUGGAUUUCUUGUCUGGUAGAAUGCCUACAACUACGCCAUGGAGGACCAGGAAUUACUUUUGAUGAACCAGGUCCUUAAUCAUCAUUUAGAUAAUUAGUUUACUGCUCCUUACAUUGACCAAUAAUUGCUUUAAUUCUUGAACACACUAUUUCUUUCAUCUUCUAUUUUUAUUAUGGAUAAAAUUUAAGAAGAAUA